UGUAGUGCCUCAGGGCAAUGCUCCCAGUCAAUAUAUAUCUCCACACUUGCUCCUGCACUCCCAUUUGAGCGGGACGCGCUGCCCUGCCACUGCAGAGGAGUGACAGACAGCCACGCUGGGACGCGCUCAAGAACUUUUCUCAGAGGGAGACAAACAGCACAUCACCAUCAACAUUUUAGGUACGACUCGACUGCACUUUUAUCAAGAAGAUGCUUUUUGUCGUCCAUAUCUACCAACAACAUUGAGGAAAAACUUGCAUCAAAUGAAAAUAUCUAAAGCUCUAGCGAUUAGCGAAUAAUCAGAGUUUAAAUUGCGCAGUCCCGUUUCAAGAAUCAAGACUCGACCAUGUCCAAGGACGACGCUUGCAAGGUGACGUCCGCCAGCAAACACAAGGAGCGAAAGCCUAAGAAGCCUCACUAUAUCCCACGGCCAUGGGGCAAGCCCUACAACUACAAAUGCUUCCAGUGCCCCUUCACCUGCAUGGAGAAGUCCCACCUGUACAACCACAUGAAGUACAGCCUCUGUAAAAACUCCCUGUCGCUGCUCAUAGAAUCAGACUGGCCGUAUAAAAAGGGCAACAUCCUGCACCCGGAGCAACUGCGGCCCUUCCAGCAGGCGCACGGCCUGCAUGCUGCUGGCAAGGAUGAGCUAGAACAGGCGAUGCGCACUGAGGAGAGGCAGGUUCAGCGGAGGUCUGCGGAGGAGGAGGGUGAGGGGGGAGAGACCCAGGGACCAGAAGAUGAGGAAGAUGGAGGAGAGGGAGCAGAGAUCGCUGGGCUGACCAAAGAAAGCUCCAGUAACAGCAGCAGAGGAGACGCUACAGACUGCGCUACUAAGAAAACCAAACAGCCGGAGUCAGAGCUUCUGAUGGCUGACAUGCUCUCCCUUGAAGAUCAGCUUUUACGAGCACGCUCAGUCGAGGUCGAGGCCCAGCUGAGGCACUAUAAACUAUCAAAGACAUGUCUAACGGCUCCUGGGAUUCUGUCGGAGCAGUGGAGGCUGCUGGCAUCCAGCCACACUAAGACAAAGGCGGACGGUGCUCAGCCCAGAGUGAGCAGCUCAAUCCCUUGUUACCCUCCUCCAUCAAACCUGGUGGACUACCAGGACCCCACUGGGCUCAACCUGUCCGUGCUCGGGGUAGGCUACCCCAUCAGCCCCAGCCUUUUCUCCUACAUGAACUCAGCCAUUCCCUCAGCGGCCUCCAGUGUCACAGCCCAGACUCACACCCAGCUCGCCCAGCUUCCCUUCCUGGCAUCAGCCGCUCAGCUGAUGCACCCGGCCUCCAGUGCACAUACAGACAGAGCUCUCAUCCCCCCUCGUCUCUACUACCCCUUCCUGUGCGAGCACGCAUUCGGACCGGCCUCCAGCCAGAGCGAUGCAAGCAAAUCUCUCAAGCCGUCCACGAACAGCCUAGAGGCGAGCUCUUUGUCCGGCUACCAGCCUAAAGUCAGUCUGUGGAAGGUGCCUGCUUUGCGGCCGGGAAGCGCUGCCUCCCCUGCUGGCUGGGUGUCACCUCAGAGAGACUCUCCGGACCAGGGCUACAGGCUGGGCAAUAAAUUGCAGGCUGCAGCCAAGGAGGGCAAACCUAGCUGGGGUCUCAAGAGGACAGGAUCUGCUCUGAGAAACCACGAAGCGCCUGUUGAGAAGAAGCCUGCCAUGGGCUUCACUUUGGACCUUCUGAAGAAUAUCCAAACUGCAUCAACUUUUAAUGCGGCCGCAGACAAACAUCUCAUCCAGAAAAGCCUACAGGAUGCUCAGCCUCAGACGCGGCCUGCUGAACUUUGGUACCACGAUCGCCUCGCCACUCCCAACAGUGAAACAUCCUCUCCUGCAAAUUGCGGAGGAGGCUCCAAAAGCCAAGACUGGGCAGCUGCCAGCACAACCGGCGAGGGAACCUCGGAGUCCGUGGCUGCCCUCCUCAGUGACCUCUCAAAGGCACUGCAGGAGUACCAGGAGGCUGAACGCAAGAUCUCCCACCUAGAAAACGAGGACCUCCCCGCCCAGCGACACCUCUGGGAGCACCUGAACAAAAUCCGCAGCGAGCUCUCCCACAUUCACCAGGCGCUGGAGCGUACGGCCCGGCAGAGCGACGGGCCUCUCGACCUGUCGGUUAAGAGGGACUCCACGGACUCGGCCGGAGACCAGAGCGCGAGAGAGGACGGCAGCCUUAAAGGCAACACAACGGAGACAGAGGAGGAGGACGAGGAGCCGGGAGACAGGCGGGAGGAAGAGGAGGAGGAGGAGAGCGAGAGGAAGGCGCUGAGAGCUUCACUGGAGAGUCGGAAGCAGUCGCUGGACAUGCUGAUCAAGAUGAGUCAGGCGUCAGUGGUGAACUCAGACGUUCUGUCUCCCAUUGGCCUCGGCUUGAGGCCAAGUCCGGCCGAGGCGUUAUGGCCGAGCAGAACCACAAAGUGCGAGGCAGACUCCAGCGUCCUACUGUGCCCCGAUGGCCGAUCAGUCGUAUUCGCCGACAUCCCCUCCUCUGCCAAACCCCCAAAGAGACCCCCAUCCAUACAGAGACUGGAAGCCCAGUGUCCUCCAAGUCCGCUGACAGCUACUGACUGAUGAACUGAUUCCAACCGGACGUUCAGAUGAAGCCGUCUUCAUCGUUACUGGCAUGCCUUUGAUUUUCACUGGCUGGGAAAAGACUGUCACUCUUUCUGUUUACUUUCACUAAAAGAAUUUGCACCUUAUAAGACGAAGAGAGAAUGAAUAAAAAUGUGGACGAUAAGUUUUUUUUUGUUGUUGUUUUUUUAAUAUGCACUUGGGACGUUGAUUGUUACCACAAGGUCCUCGUUAAAAUAAGUUUCAAAUGUAACAUCAGGAUAAUUUGAUCACUUUAGUCCAAGAAAAUCACGCUGAGAGACAAUCCUUUGAAUGGAUUUGUAAAUACUGUAAUGACAGCAAAUGUAAUUAAUGUAAAAUGUUUUAAAGGGUAACGUUUUUAUAUGAACGAUGUCGAUGAUGAAAA